AUGGAGGCGAACAACGAAGAGGAGACUCCUCGUGCCCGUAAAGCGAGCCAAUAUUUCAAGGUAUUCGAGGAGCAGCCGUCGCAAGCUGCAGUGCAGACGUCGAAAUCACCCUCAACAUUGAAGACCAGCUCCCCCAGAACAAGCUCUCGUACUCAUAAGAAACCUAGCGCUGUAAGUGAAGCUACGUAUGUGCCUCACCAUUCGAAAGUAGAGGACGCAGCUAAGCCCCAAACGGGGCGUGCAACGCCGGUUCUGGAAGGAACGGUUGUUUUUAGUGACGACGAAGACUAUGAUGAGACAGAUGUGGAGAAUGAUGCCAUCGAGGGUCAGAGGUACCCACUAUCUGUAGAGCUCACUCCCUUCCAACACAAAGUUGGUGGACACACUGCUAUUUUCCAGUUUUCUCAGCGGGCAGUCUGUAAGGUGCUUGUCAACAACGAGGACACAUUCUACGAAACAAUUGAACAGUUCCACCAGGAGCUACUAGCGUUUAUGCCAAAAUACAUUGGUGUUUUGAACGUACGGCACCGUGCGCCCGCCGAUUCAUGCGGUAGCACGAAUCCUGAUGAAAGCUCUCGCAGUUUUAGUGAAGUCUUACUUGGUGACAAUGUCCACAUUUUACCCAACUCUAUGAUCCCGUCUGAUAGAAGACACUCCUAUGCAUUAGGAGAUAGACGAGGCUCCACAGCAAGCCCCCGAGGCUCGUUAACCUUGGACGAUAAGCGACCGUCGAUUGUGACAUGGGGAGCUACCACUGUUAAUCGUCAGCUGCGCGAUUUGGUCCUGAAAGAAGUGUUCAAACCCAAGCGUGAAUUCAAACAAACAAGCUCGCCCCUUUGUCGAGCCCUUGAUGCAGAUGCAGAUGUUCCCGUAUUCCAAAUGGACUUGGGCCAGCCGAGCAGCCCACAGUCGGCUGCAGAGCCGUCCACGCCUGAGAUGCAUUCUAUGCCGGCGUCCCCGAUAUUGCCUGCAACAGCUUCACCGGUUAUAAGACCGUCUUCGGGAUCUAGAUCAUGGCACCAUUCAGGAAGGCCGUUCCAAGAGACUCGCACCAAUUCCACGCCAUCUCUUCAUAUGGACAGUAACAAAAUGUACAACAAGGCGGAGCAGUUUAUUGUGCUGGAAGAUUUAACCCAGGGCAGGAAGAGGCCAUGUGUUCUGGAUCUCAAAAUGGGCACUCGACAGUAUGGCGUUAACGCGACAGAGAAGAAACAACUUUCCCAGCGCCGUAAAUGUCAUGAAACUACUAGCCAGAGGUUGGGGGUACGCGUCUGUGGAAUGCUUGUUUGGAAUACCCGUACUGAGACAUCCUUCUUUCGCGACAAGUAUUUUGGUCGCCAAGUGAAACCUGGACCACAGUUUGAAAGGUGCUUGAUGAGGUUUUUGUACGACGGAGCUACCGCAUGGUCUAUCAUCCGACACAUUCCCAAACUCCUGAAACGACUUGUAAGCCUUAGUGCAAUUAUUCGUACCCUCACGGACUAUCGCCUGUACGGAUCGAGCCUGCUGAUGGUAUACGAUGGCCAGAAUACGGGCAAAACGGACGUUUCCAUCAGAUUAAUCGAUUUUGCCCAGUGUGUAACGGCCGAACAUCACCCAACCGGCGCAAGAGCACCCCCAACGCAUGUUGGACAGCCUGAUAUGGGGUUCUUGCUAGGUCUGCAUAGUUUGAAACAGACAUUGGAGAAUAUUUAUCACGAACUUACCGGCAGCACAUACACGCCGGAAGGGUUCAACUCAAUUGAAUCGUCAAACUUUCAACACCCCGUGGAUAUGCUAGACAUUUUUGAUAUCCUGAGUUUGCCGGCAGACUCGACCGUUGAGCAUGAAUCCCUAGACUUUUCCUAUUAA